AGAAGAGUUGCGACCUCUUUCAGGAAGUGAACACGGAGCAGACGCCGUGUCCCAAGAAAACACACGCUCAAGCUAACCUAGUCCAAGUCAUGUCAUUUACAAGAGUAACGUCUAAACACAGACUCAGAGCCAUCUGCAGACUUCAUCGAAUCCAAGGACACAUGAUGUCCAGUCACGUGGAGCCCGAGGUUCUCAUGGAGAAGGUGGGCCGGGCUGGUGUGAUCACCAUGAACAGGCCCAAAGUGCUAAACGCCCUCAACUUAACCAUGAUCCGAUCCAUCUACCCUCAGCUCAAGAAAUGGGAGAGUGACAGCGAUACGGACCUUGUGAUCAUCAAAGGGGCAGGCGGGAAAGCGUUUUGCGCCGGUGGAGACAUCCGAGCAAUUACGGAAGCGGGCAAAGUUGGCGAUCCUCUUUCGCAGGUCUUUUUCCGUGAAGAAUACAUUCUGAACAACGCCAUAGGAACAUGCAAGAAACCAUUCAUUGCCUUCAUUGAUGGAAUAACAAUGGGAGGGGGAGUUGGCCUGUCGGUUCACGGACGCUUUCGAGUGGCCACCGAGAGAACCAUGUUUGCCAUGCCAGAGACCGCUAUCGGUCUGUUCCCCGACGUGGGAGGUGGUUAUUUCCUGCCGAGGCUUCAGGGCAAGCUGGGCCUCUUCCUGGCUCUGACGGGCUUCCGCCUCAAAGGCCGCGACGUGCACCGAGCUGGAAUUGCCACUCACUUUGUCGAGUCCGACAAGAUGUCGGACCUGGAGAAGGAGCUGGUGGACUCGAGGUCCCCCUCUGCUGACAACAUUGCCAGAGUCUUAGAUUCCUUCCAUAGCGAGAGCAACCUGGACUGUGACAAGCCGUUUGUCCUGGAGCAGCAAAUGGCCGACAUUGACAGGCUGUUCGACGCCACCAGCGUGGAAGGCGUCGUGCGCAACCUGAAGGCUGACUGCUCACAAUUUGCAAAGAAACAAGCGGAGACUUUGUCCAAGAUGUCCCCCACCUCCAUGAAAAUGACCUUCAAACAGCUGCAGCUCGGCACCACGCUCAGCCUGCAGGACGUCUUGCGCAUGGAGUACCGCCUGAGUCAGGCCUGCAUGCGGGGCUGCGACUUCUACGAGGGCGUCCGAGCUGUUCUGGUGGACAAGGACCAGACUCCCAAAUGGAAGCCGGCCACCCUGGAGGAGGUGACCGACGCCAGCGUGGAUGAAUGGUUCACCUCCCUCGGAGACAAAGAUCUGGCCUUGUGAGCUCGCCCGUGAGUUUCAAUACAUGCCCCGUCGUGACCGAUGAAUUUUGAAUCGAGAAACCACUCCCGUCCGGGCUGAUGAGUACAAAAAUAACGAUUCUUUAGUGAUAUACGCCAUGUUGCCGUGUCUCAUCAAAUGUGAAAUGAAACAAGCAAGUCAAUCUUGUGUUUUCUGCGAUUUGUGAACAAGCGUUUGUUUGAGCCACUUGUGAAUUUAGGCCAGUGAAAAUGUCCCGCCCCCAAAGCGCUUUGUGUGCCUUUUUGCUCGUCGUCACCGAUGCCUGCUGGCAUGUCCUUCUACGGGCAAGGCGUCUCCGCUGAUUUAGAGCCGGCGGAGCCUCGCGUACUCAUCAGCUAAACAAACGAGAGUCCUGCUUCAUCCGGCCGUGCUUUUCUGUCUUCCCUCGGGAUGGCCACGCAAACUGGCAACACAUUGCAAGAGUGACUUUUCCCUCAUUGUGUGGACUCCUUCCUUAUGUUGCCUUCUCCAUUUCAAAAUGCAGCCCUCAUGAAAUAUGCUAGUCGAGUUUUUCAAGAGUAGAACCACAAAAACAAAAAGUCUCGAGUAUCCAUGAGAAGUCUUCCAUUUUGUUUCUACCCUUUAGGAUCAUCAAAUGAAAUGGAACCACAGACAUGAUCUCUUAUUGAUUCUUCAUCCCAAUGCAGCCAGACUCAUCAUCAGCGGUUCCAAAUGGAGAUCUAAAUGACACAAAAAACAAACAAAUGGGCAGCCACAGGAAAACCUAAUAGCUUGUCGUUGACGCGGACGGCACUAAACGAGACAGGCCCGCAAUUAUUGAUGCGGAUAAAUGGCAUCAAACAAGAUAAACGCGCCAUCUUGAAAAUGGAGUGAAGCGCUCACAAAGGCCGGAUUUUAUGACUCCGGCUCAACGGCCUUCCUGUUCCACUCCCGCCUUAACAACCCUGGCUGUGUAAUCAUCAGCCCGCCCGCCCUCAUCUGGCCCAUUUCCACACAAUUUAUUUAGAUUGCGCAACAAUGUCGAAAGAGCACAGCAAUAAAGAUUCCCGCAGAGCAGCAGCACGCCAUUUGCGUCCGCAGCCUCCCGCUUGCUCUUUGUUUCAUGUGACGCACCCGUCGAAGCAUUUAACAAGAGCGCGCAAUCUCGGCACGUAGCAAAUAUAAGAUCACUAAGAACUACAAUGGCCACAGAUGGUCACGGUUCUUCCACCGUUAUUGUCCAUGUGCUGAGCGGCCGACUGUUCCAAAGGGUCAACUUGCACCAAAAUGUGUAUUUGCGCUGUGUUUUCAAGGUCAUGCUAGUUACACAAGCCAGAGCAGGUUUUGUGAAAACUGGGACGUUAAAAAAAAAAAAAGUGUGUCAAAAGUGACCCGCUUCAUGGACAACGAGCGCAGCGGCUCCGCAGGUGGAAAGCUCGCUUCUCGAAAGACAGAUUCAUUAGCACGCUUCAAAGACACAUGUUUUUCAGAUUUCAAAACAUUUCUCAGGUGCCUCAAUAUCAAAAUGCCAAAAGACCCCGAAGCUCAAGUCCACGUUCCGCUCUGGAAAACAGGCAGUCCUGUCUUGUGCAAAUGAGCCGCUUGCUCACCGCGCCCCCUCAAUUCGGAGGUACGGCUGCUGUUACCAUGACAACCAGGGGAUGACGACAAGGUGAAUGGAAACGGGUCAAAAAAACUCUUUUAGUCUGGCCGUGUCUAGCCACAUUUCCAUAAUAUGCCUUCUUUUAUGAUAGUGGGAACGGUACAGAACUUCGCGGGAGGUCAUUAAGGCGAGUGUGAGAACCAACACAGCAGUUUAAAAAAAAAAAAAAAAAAAGGGAAGGGAAGCUCCAGCCAGUAAGCGC